UUUCCACAACUCGAGUCAAAUAUCCUUCUUCUCUCCCUACAGCGGUAACAUUUAAAACUGGGACUGUCAACAAACAGGAAUAACCUUCCUUAUCACCAGCUUGAAGAGUGUUUACGUCAGGUCGCCACUCAGUUUUUUAUUCGUUUUUUGUGUGUUUUUGCAGCUAAAAAUGAGGUGUUAAACGUACUGCCUUUCAGUUUUUUAUGCUUUAGCCUUAUUGACCCAUGUAUUAAUUUCUCCUUCUCUACUUAUCACCAGCUUGAAGAGUGUUUACGUCAGGUCGCCACUCAGUUUUUUGUGUGUUUUUGCAGCUCAAAAUGAGCUGUUAGACGUUCUGCCUUUUAGUUUUUUAUGCUUUAGCCUUAUUGACCCAUGUGUUAAGUUCUCCUUUUCCACUUAUCACCAUGUUUACCUGUUUGAGUGGCUUUGAAAAAGCCAAUAGUGAAAAUCUACCCGAAGUUGAGAGCUUCACUUUGGCUGAAUUUUUGAAGAAAGUCGACGUCAGCACCAAAACCUUCAGAUCAAUGCGACCCACCUACUCAGAUAACGCGAUUGGCUAUGUGCAGCUGAAGCGGGAGGGCACGCUUUGUCAUGUCAUUGCUCGGAUAACGCCGGAGCAUAAAAUCCAAAAAGGGGCUUAUAAAGUUCAUUGUGAGGUUGAUGAAGGUCCAAAGUAUGCAACUAUCAAGGCAGCUUACUGUGAGGACUGCGCAGCUUCUCAAGGAGGAAAUUGCAAACAUGCAAUAGCAUUUGUAACUUGGUUACAUCGGAGGAGCGAGGAGCCGUCGGUAACCGAAACAAAGUGUUAUUGGAAGAAAUCGAGGCUUUCCAAAGAUGGGGCAAGUUGUAUGACAACAAUGGAGAUCGUAAGAGAGAGUGAAAAAUUGAAGAGAAGAAAACAAGCGGCAAAACAGCAGAUUCCAAUCACACCUGCAGACAGAGAAACCUUCUUUGAAGAACUUGCCUCCGAGUUUAAAGAUAAAAGUGACAACAUGCUAUUUGCUGCAAUGCUUAGUAGACAGAAGUCAUAUGCGACUCAUCAUUUACUUCUGGAUUUCAAAGAAACGAAUUUACCCCAAGAUGCAGACUCUUAUCUCCGGUACUGCUCAUCAGUUAUGACUGACGAAGGGUGCCGCAUUCUAGCAGAGGCCACAGAUAAUCAAGCUAAGUGUUAUUUGUGGUUCGAUUCAAGAUAUGGUCGUGUGACAGGUUCUAAGGUUCAUGAGGCGUCGAGAUGUAAUACCCCUGAUGGUUCCCUCAGCAACUCCAUUCUUGGUGCUCACAAAGCCUUUGACACAGAAGCGAUGGAGAGAGGUAGAAGUUUAGAGAAAGCAGUCUUGCAGGAAGUAGAGUCUCGUAUCGGAGAAAAAAUAGAGAAAACAGGCUUUGUGAUGCGCAAAGAAUUUCCUGCCUUCGGAGCUUCCCCUGACGGAAUCCUUAGGAAGCACAUUGUUGAGGUAAAGUGUCCCUCAAGUGAGCACACUGUGAGUGCUUAUCUGGACCAAAAUUUAGAACCAACCAAAAAAUAUAAAUCACAAAUGAUGCUACAAAUGAUGAUGUGUAAAAAAUCAAGGGGCUACUUUUGUGUGGCAUCUCCUGACUUCGAGACAUCCAAAAAAGUUACCAUCGUAGAG